UAGCUAGUGUACAACCCGAUUCGCAUUAGGAUUGGUAAAGUUAGUAUUGAAAUGUGCUAUGCUGGAUUGCUGGAGAAGAAUACACCGAUUUGUGAAUGUUGAGAGCAUUGAAGCGUUAAUUGAGUUUUGAUUGCACCUUUGUGGCUUUGCUCACUCCCACUCGCUCCUUCCCCUUCCCCUUCCCCCCAAAAGGUUGAAUCCACUCGCUCCAUUCAGAAGGACUGAAGGAGGAGGCUCCUGUCUUUUGUCCGACUGUGGAAGAUGAUAAAGAUGAUGAGGACUCAGGUUCAGCGUCAAGGGUUUUGGCGGAGAAAUCAUAUAUCGCUUCUUCGGGAGUGGUUCAAACCACACAAGGGUUUUAAAGAUAAAACCUUUACGCCUGCUGUUGUUAAUCCACUCGGCUCUGCAUCUGUAACAUCUAUCCCUUCCGUAUUCAAUCUCGUUCGCUUCUGCUCUACUGAGUUGCGACCACAUCUAUCACUUGACCUUGUCAAGAUAAUGGAUCAGCGGUUGUCUUCUAUUGAGAGCAGGACUUCCUAUCUUCAGAGUGUUCUAGAUCAGCCAGAAUUGUCUCCUCCUGAAUAUUCAGUAACCAACAAGGAGCUUAGGAAACUCAGAGAUGUAAUGCAACUCAUAACUGAACUCAGGGCUAAACAGAAGGAAAUUGGGGAACUAGAACUAGUAAUUUCUGAAUGCCAAGAUGAUAAAGAGAUGCAGAAAAUGGCUUCCGAAGAAUUGAGCCAGGCCAUAGAAGGAGAGAAGAGGCUGCAGUAUCUUCUUCUGAAAUCACUAUUACCAAAAGAUGAUGCUGAUGAGAGAAACUGCAUUCUGGAAGUGAGAGCAGGAACUGGAGGUGAAGAGGCUUCUUUGUUUGCUAUGGACAUAUUUAAAAUGUAUGAAAAGUACUCAAUGAAGAAAGGUUGGAAGUUCGAGAUUCUAGAUGUAGCUGAAUCUGAUCUCAAAGGAUACAAGGAAGCUAGUGCAGCUGUGUCUGGAACUGGUGUGUAUGGAAAAUUAAAAUUUGAAAGUGGUAUUCACAGAGUUCAGAGAGUUCCUGCUACAGAGAAAUCUGGACGUGUCCACACAAGUGCUGUGUCUGUUGCAAUACUCCCUCAGGCAGAUCAGGUAGAUGUUCAGUUGAGAAAUGAAGAUCUAAAGAUUGACACGUAUAGAGCUGGUGGUGCUGGAGGUCAGCAUGUAAACACCACUAACAGUGCUGUUAGGAUCACUCACAUUCCUUCAGGGUUGACUGUUGCCAUACAGGAUGAGCGAUCCCAACAUAUGAAUAAGACCAAAGCUCUUAAAGUAUUAUGCGCAAAGCUCUUUGAAAUGGAAAGAUGUAGAAUUCAAACUAGUAGAUCAAAACUCCGUUCAGAACAGAUUGGCAGUGGGGACAGAUCAGAGCGUAUUCGAACUUAUAACUUUCCUCAAGGACGGGUUACUGAUCACCGAGUUGGCAUUACUAGUCAUUGUAUAGAUGAUAUGAUGCAGGGAGAGAGUUUGGACUGUUUUAUUGAUGCUCUUCUUUUGCAGCAGGAAAUGGACGCCAUAGCAUCUUUCAGCUCCUCGCAUAAUACUUGUAGCUAAGUACCUCACAAAACAUAUAUCCUUUUUUAUCUCUUACAUUUGUUGAGAUCAUGCAUGGCUAGUUGGCUACCCCAAAUGUUAUAUUUGAAACUACCUUCCAAGUUCUUUA